GUGGCGACGGAGCCGACGGCGAGUGGUGCGUCUUGAUCGACGGCUUGGUGUGGCGUUCGCAGGGACGGCUGCUGGCGGCGACCUGACUGCUACCUGGCUGUGACAUGACCAAACCUGACCUGACCUAACGAUGGGCGCUGGUGCGGAUCAUUUUACGAACCAUUCCGCUGUUUUUUAUGUUCACCUGCGUGUGGAAAUUAUAGAUUUUGGUAUCUAAUAUGAACAACUUCCAUUUUCUACCUGUCUUUCCAUGCCGAAAACACUUGACCAUUUGGAUGUUUUUGGUGCUUCCAUCAAUGAACGUUACGAUGCUCUGUUUUCUUGCUGUUUCUCCUUCAUUGUUUUAAAUAUCAAGUAAAUAAAAGUAAGACAUUUAUUUUUAAGCAAGUCUGCUAGUGGGUGGGGAAAGUUAAUUUUCGUUGGGCGGCCGACACAGGUGACUUUCAAACCGUCUAAAAACUACGCAACAACGGUAACUUUCGUGUGGAGAUGCUACUGUUUCGACGGCCCCGAUUUAGAGGUAGCUGAGACCUGGCUCAUUCGCUGAGACUAAGUCAAGUCUUACGGUGUAACCGGUGACUGAGACUGACUGAGGGACGGACCGGAUCGUACGAGGUGUGCCAGCCUGCCAGGAGCGCCUGUGACGGUUGACCUGGCGACUGCCCCCUGCCUGCUGACUGGUGACCUGCUGACUGCCCCCUGUCUGCUGUCGGGUGGCCUGACGACUGACCCUGUCCGCUGACGGCCGCUGACAAGGCGCGGUGGGUGGUCCCAUCGACUGUCCGUGCUGCUCGUGAGGGGAGGUGGGGGCUGCCGACAGACUGGCGACACUGACCGACGACCGGCUGAUACCCACGCCGCCGCCGCCGGCAGCCGCUCCGGCCGUCAGUGACACGGUGUCCGUGGCGCCGGCGACUUCCUCCGCUCGCCUCAGACUGCGGUGUGUGAGGUCACGUCUGUGAUCGGUCGGAGUGAGGCCGUCACUCAACUGACCCGGCUAGGUCACCAGCUGGUCCAGCCAGGUCACCAGCUGACUCGGGCAGGCCGCCAACUGGCCGCCAGCUGACUGCAGGAGCUGCCAGUAGCCUCCGGCCAGGCCCAAUAAUUGAUGGGCGCCUAGCUGUCGGCCGACGUGAGGCCGUCAGUUCCUUAGCGAUCUCCAGUGUUGUCAGUGUUAGCCGACGGCCAGUAGCCUGCAGAUGAGCAGGAUGUCUGAUGAGGAUAGUUUCGAGAAUGGUCAGAACAGCGACGAAGGAGAGGAAGGAGGAAAGAUCCAAUUCGCCUCCAAGUUCAACCGUCGCUCGGGCGUGCGGCGCUUCUCUCUGCCCAUCACUCCGGCGCGCCGCGAGUCGCGCCGCUCCUCCAUCGUCUCUAUAGCCUCCUCUACCUCGUCCUACACGGGCAGCAGCUCAGACGAGGAUGACAUCUCUCCGCGCGAAAAGUCCCAGACGGCCGGCGAUGGCUUCACCGACUUCUGCAUCAAGAACGUGGCGCAAGCUGCGUUCGGCCGGCGCGAGAUCGAGAUCGCCGAGCAGGAGAUGCCCGGCAUUGUCGCCCUGAGGAAGCGGGCCGCGGAGGACAAGCCUCUCCGAGGUGCCAAAAUCGUCGGCUGCACACACAUCAACGCCCAGACUGCGGUGCUGAUUGAGACGCUGAUCUCCCUGGGAGCCAGCGUACGAUGGGCCGCCUGCAACAUCUACUCCACUCAGAACGAGGUGGCCGCCGCCCUCGCCGAGAAAAGCAUACCGGUGUUCGCCUGGCGCGGCGAGACCGAGGAAGACUUCUGGUGGUGCAUCGACAAGUGCAUCAACGCCGAGAACUGGCAGCCCAACAUGAUCCUGGAUGACGGCGGUGAUGCCACGCAUCUCAUGCUGAAAAAGUACCCGGCCAUGUUCAAACUGAUUCGCGGUAUUGUGGAAGAGUCGGUGACGGGCGUGCACCGUCUGUACCAGCUGAGCAAGCAGCAGAAGCUGUCCGUGCCGGCGAUGAACGUCAACGACUCUGUGACCAAGACCAAGUUCGACAACCUCUACAGCUGCCGCGAGAGCAUCAUUGACAGUCUGAAGAGGGCCACCGAUAUCAUGUUCGGCGGCAAGCAGGCCAUCGUCUGCGGUUACGGCGAGGUCGGCAAGGGCUGCUGCCAGUCCCUCAAGGGGCUCGGCUGUGUGCUCUAUGUGGCCGAGAUCGACCCCAUCUGCGCUCUGCAGGCCAGUAUGGACGGCCUGCGCGUGGUAAAGCUGAACGAGGUGAUCCGGAACGUGGACAUCAUCAUCACGGCCACGGGCAACAAGAACGUGGUGACGCGCGAGCACAUGGACCGCAUGAAGAACGGCGCCCUGCUCUGUAACAUGGGCCACUCCAACACCGAGAUCGACGUGAACUCGCUCCGCACGCCCGAGCUGACCUGGGAGAAGGUGCGCUCCUCUGUGGACCACGUCAUCUGGCCGGACGGCAAGCGGAUCGUGCUGCUGGCGGAGGGCCGGCUGGUCAACCUGACCUGCUCCAGCGUGCCCUCGUUCGUCGUCUCUAUCUCGGCGGCCACUCAGGCCCUGGCGCUGAUCGAGCUGUUCAACGCCCCAGCUGGACGCUACAAGGCCGACGUGUACUUGCUGCCCAAGAAGAUGGAUGAGUACGUGGCCAGCCUGCACCUGCCCUCGUUCGACGCCCAUCUCACUGAGCUCACUGAGGAGCAGGCCAAGUACAUGGGCCUCAACAAGGCCGGUCCGUUCAAGCCCAACUACUACAGGUAUUAGGGUGACCGGAGCGGCGGAUGUCAUCAGUCCGGCUGGGCCACCGUCCUGACCUGGGCGUCCGAGUGGCCAUGCCACUGCGGUGCGGUCGCCCGACCCGAGUGCGGCAGCGCCCGGCGCCGACCGGGCUCGGCCGACUGCGAGUCGGUGCGCCAGCCGCCAAUCCGCUGACUGAGAAUGCGUGUGUGUAUCCGAGAGAGCGCGUGUGUAUUUGCUGCGCGCGCAGUGUGCUCCGUCAAUCAAUUGUGCAGCUUAUGGUGAGUAUUCUAGUGAACAAAUUUGGUGGAGAUUCUCUCGUCUAGUGCAAACAAUCCCGCGCGUCGUGCGCGCUCGCCGGUGUCGUGUCGGCGGCCGGCGGGGUUCAAUCUGUCCGGUCACGCCCGCGGAGCGCCGUGGGCGGCGUGUGCUAUUUGUUGGCGGCCUGGCGACGGCGACCGAUGGCUGUCGCCGCCGAGCCGCCCAGUGCCAUCGGCCCGCCACCGCGGUCAGGUCUGCAAUAGAGCGGCAGCGUGCCGCGCCCGGCGGACGGGCGAGCCGCGUACCGCCGCUCUCAGAGAGACGCGCCCGCGCCGCCGAGAUUGGACCGCCCGAUCGUAUGAUGUCUGUGGAAUAGCGCUACGAGCGCGUGAACUGCUGGAGAAAAGGCUACUGGAUAGGGGAGAGUGGGGCAAAGCGGCCACCCGGGGCAAAGCGGCCACCCAUCGUUUUAGCCCUUCAUAGCUGACGUCGGUUCCAAUUUAUGGUUGCCAAUUAUACUUCUCUUCACGGUCGUUCGAAUGAGCCAGACCGGGGUUUCAGGCCCAUCACCAUUAUUCUGUGAAACACAGAAAAGCAUUUCUUGCCAGGUUACCAACUAUGUUUACAAUUUUUAAAUGUUAUGCUAUUCCAUAACCGUUUGGAAUUUUUAUAAGCGUUCUUGUCCAUGCAUUGCAUGGUUAUCAUACAUGUAUUCUACCAAUUUUAAUGUUUUUUACCCCACUAAUAGCUAAGCUGGAAUAUUUUUGUCUCGGACUGUAUGCGCGGGGCAAAGUGGCCGGGGCAAAGUGGCCACCCCCAAUUUGCCAUAAGUUGUUUCCAUCUGGAUAGAAAACACUAUUUAUAUUCAAAUGUGUCGUCAUGCAUUCAUCUUGGCCACUUUUCAGUUGCAUAACUUACCAAAUAAUGCAAUUAAUUAUUUUUUUCAUAAAAAUCCUUUCUUUGUUUACCUACAGGUGGAAGAUGGUAAAGUAAACAUCCAUCCUCGCUUAACCUUGUCACCAUCAAAUACCCUAUGUCGUACACGAGGCAACUAUUUUGUUUCUCAUAUCGGGACUUGAGAAGACGCCGGUGGCCGCUUUGCCCCAGGGUAUGAGGCAAAGUGGCCAAUAUGCAUAGGUUUAAAGUUUUGUCAAUAUCUUUCAUAUGUGAACGCCUUUGGAAAUAAAACGCAGUUGAAAUAAAAGGCAACUUAAUGGGGAUCACAUUGGUAUAGAAAAAAUCUUUCCAAGUUUAAAAAUCAAGCGUUGGCAUCGUGAGAAGCGUUAGGGUGGCCGCUUUGCCCCACUCUCCCCUACAUGGUGUGGUCCGAAACUAGACGCUCUGGAUCGAAUGGUGAAACCUAUCGAUGUGCUGGUUUAUGUCUCCAAGUCAGGACCUGUGCAGUUAAAAGAGCUCAAUGUAGGGUAAAUGAAAUCAGAGUCGUAUUACCGCCCCGUCGCGCUACCACCGGGCCUCCUGCUGGGUAGCUGCUGUCUCCGCGUCCCUCGGGCGCGGCGCCGCCGGGCGCGGCGCUGUUGGGUGUUUUAAAUGAUCAUUAGCUGUGGUCGCCAUGUGGCAGCGUCUCCCUCCGACGCCAGCGAGCGAGUGUGCGUGUGUGAUGGUUUCGGUGGGCCGCGGGGCGCCGUACACACAUUCCGAGCCGGGGCGCCGUGGGCGCCGGCGGCCGGCGGCGCCCGUCUGUCCUGGAUGGCUUCUCUGUGGUGCUUGGGUUCUUCGCGGCUCGUGUGUCGGUGCCGUGGCCCGGGCCGGCCGGCCGGCGGGUAUCCCGCUGCGGCCGUCGUCAGCGCCGACGGGUGAUAUCACACGCAAACAAAUACACAUGUUACGGAAUG